AAACGUCUAUUUUGUUUUCAUCCAAUCAGAACCAAGCAAAAACGUUCUCCAUGUUUUUGUUCGUUUAUUUUUUGAUUAGAAGAGAAGAAUUUGCACUGUGUAUUUUCGAAAAUUGAUAAGUUUUCGAAAACUGGGCCAGGAAAGUAGGAAGACUUGUGUAGUUUUCGAAAAAGGACCACAAGAUGACUGAUAUUGUGAAAAGUGAAGAUAAGAAAGAACGUAAGGCUAGUGAAAAUUCGGACGUUUCAGCUGAGGGGGACGUGGACCCCAUUUUCGAACCUAUUAUCUCAUUGCCAGAGGUUAAGGUGACCACUAAUGAAGAAAAUGAAGAAACAGUCUUAAAACUUCGUGCAAAGUUGUACAGAUUCGAUACAAGUGGUACUGAUGGGCCAGAAUGGAAGGAGAGAGGCACAGGGGAAUUGAAGCUACUUCAACACAGAGACAACAACACAGUACGAAUAGUCAUGAGAAGAGAUAAGACAUUAAAAGUGUGUGCAAACCAUUUUAUCACGCCCUGGAUGGAGCUUAAACCCAGCACAGGAUCUGACAAGGCCUUUGUAUACACAGUCCUGGCUGAUUUUGCAGAUGAAGUUCCUAAAACUGAAUGUUUAGCUAUUCGGUUUGGCAGUGUUGAUUUUGCAAACCAGUUUAAAGCCAAAUUCAAUGAGUCCAAAGAAUUUGUCAAGACAAAGUGCAGUCUUUAUGCCGAAGAAGCAGAGGAAUACCAAAAGGACUCUGAUAUUGAAGAAAAGGAAGAAGAUGAAGAGGAUGAAGAGAAAGAGGAUGACACAAAGGAUGUGACAAAGAAAUUGGAGGAUUUAAAUGUUUCAAAAGAGGAUAGUGCUGGUGAUAAAGAAUAAGUGAUAUCAGUCUCCCCCUUUGUGAUCAUUUUAUUUUAUUAAGUACUCAUCUUUUUUAUAUCUACUUAAACAAAGGUCUCAUAAUAAUUGUUAUCAAUUAUUGCAAUAGAUUGUUUUUUUUAAACUUUUGCACAUUCCUUUGCAAGUUAUUAGGUUUUGGCUUCCUUUUUUAUCUUCAAAUAUAGUAAGACUUAAGGUCUUGAUCCCUGUAAAUUUUAUUAUUAAAAAUUGUAAGAUGUUGUUUGGUGAUGAACGAAUUUGUGUGUAACUAAAGUAUGAAAUAUUGCACUUCUUGAACCUGUAGAUUUAAUAUUUUUAUAUGUAAUAUUGAUUACAUUAAAAGCUAGAAAGGAGAA